CCGCCUUCGAAAAAUCGCGUCACAUCGAACAUUCGACAAAUCAGCAAGUGCAUGCACCUUCCAACCAUUGUGAAAUUUUCAACUUAACAAAUAAAAUCCACCAAACCAUACAAUGCGUGAAAUCGUUCACAUCCAAGCAGGCCAGUGCGGCAAUCAGAUUGGAGCCAAGUUCUGGGAGGUGAUCUCUGAUGAGCAUGGCAUCGACCCAACGGGCACAUACCAUGGCGACUCCGACUUGCAGUUGGAGAGAAUCAACGUUUACUACAAUGAAGCUACUGGAGGCAAAUAUGUACCCCGAGCUGUACUGGUCGACCUGGAGCCAGGCACCAUGGACUCUGUCCGCUCUGGUCCAUUUGGUCAGAUCUUCAGACCAGACAACUUUGUCUUCGGACAGAGUGGAGCUGGAAACAACUGGGCCAAGGGUCACUACACCGAGGGGGCUGAGCUGGUAGACUCGGUUCUUGAUGUUGUCCGCAAGGAGGCAGAGAGCUGUGAUUGCCUACAGGGAUUCCAACUGACACACUCCCUUGGUGGUGGCACUGGCUCAGGAAUGGGAACACUUCUCAUCAGCAAGAUCCGUGAGGAGUACCCAGACCGCAUCAUGAAUACCUUCAGUGUCGUACCUUCUCCCAAGGUAUCUGACACUGUGGUCGAGCCCUACAAUGCCACUCUCUCUGUCCACCAGCUCGUAGAGAACACAGAUGAGACCUACUGCAUUGAUAACGAAGCUCUGUAUGACAUCUGUUUCCGCACCUUGAAGUUGACCACCCCAACAUAUGGCGAUCUCAACCAUCUUGUGUCUGCUACCAUGAGUGGUGUUACCACCUGCCUGAGGUUCCCUGGUCAACUCAAUGCUGAUCUUCGCAAGCUGGCAGUUAACAUGGUACCUUUCCCACGACUCCACUUCUUCAUGCCUGGCUUUGCUCCUCUGACCAGCAGAGGCAGCCAGCAGUACCGUGCCCUGACUGUUCCCGAGCUGACCCAGCAGAUGUUCGAUGCCAAGAAUAUGAUGGCUGCUUGCGACCCGCGUCACGGCCGCUACUUGACCGUUGCAGCUAUGUUCCGUGGCCGCAUGUCCAUGAAGGAAGUUGAUGAGCAGAUGCUGAACGUGCAGAACAAGAACAGCAGCUACUUCGUGGAAUGGAUCCCCAACAACGUCAAGACCGCUGUCUGCGACAUCCCACCACGAGGCCUCAAGAUGUCCGUCACCUUCAUCGGGAACAGCACCGCCAUCCAGGAGCUGUUUAAGCGCAUCUCUGAGCAAUUCACCGCUAUGUUCAGGCGGAAGGCUUUCUUGCAUUGGUACACCGGUGAGGGUAUGGAUGAGAUGGAGUUCACUGAGGCUGAGAGCAACAUGAACGACUUGGUGUCUGAAUACCAGCAGUACCAGGAUGCAACAGCCGAGGAGGAAGGCGAGUUUGAUGAAGAAGAGGAAGAAGGUGACCAGGAGCAGUAGACAUCCAGAUUGACAACAGGAACUCACACUUAAACAAAAAAUACUACAAAAGUUUAGGAUCAAACAAACAAGUUUAGGACCAAACAGCUCAUUACUUAGUGUGGUCAAUGUUAAUGUAAAAGAAAUUGGACUGUUUUUAAUUCAACUAAACUUUGUUCUGCAGAAAAGUGAAACAAAAUUCAAAAAAUAACUUCAACUGAAAAAAGGGGGUCAAAGUGACCCUUAAUACAAUGGGACACACUUGCACCAAAAGACCACAAAAACUCAAUUUCUACCAGUUUUGGUUCAUCUUGGGGAAAAACAGCCACUAAUAUGACUGGUAUUUCUGCACAUCAAAAUUGUCAGUGUGUCCCAUUGUAUUCACUUAUGCCACUCUGUCUUGCCGUUGUCUUGCCUUACAGAAAGUUCCUGAAACGUUUGAAACAAUAAAACAAGAAGUGAUGAAAAUUCAA